CCCCACGCCAGGAGCCCGCCCUCCGCUCCGCCCUCUGCCAGGGAGCCGGCCGGCGGGGGCGGCCAGGCGGAUCCGCCGGGGCCCUGGAGCAGCUGUGACCGAGGCCGGGGGGAGAACAGCUGCGCUUGGCCGGUCUAGGGAAUUAUUUGCAGUCUGGAAGGUGGUUCUCGGUGCUGCCGCUUGUUGGGUCAGAAAGAUGCCUGCUCCAAGAUCAGAAUUUUGGAACUACAUCCCGGAAGAAAUCCUUGUCCAUAUAUUUUACUACCUGUCUCUCCGAGAUAGAUACACAGCCUUCCAAGUGUGCAAACAUUGGGCCGCAGCUGUUUCCACGAGCUCCGUGUGGCAUUUCACAGAGAUCAGCUGUGAUUCGGAGAACGAGGAGGGCAUGCUGCAGAGUUUACACCAGUUCCUGAGCCAGAUCAAACACCUGAGGAUUGUGUUUGAUCAGUCCAAGGAGAUAAAUCGGAAGAACGUCACCCACAUUCUAGACAUGUUGGCCGGGCAGAACCACAAGCUGCAGAAGCUGUGCAUCAUGUGCAAAGGGGAGAACCCUUAUUUCUACUCUGGCCAGGACAUCCUGCAGAGCAUACGAAAGAUAUGCCAGAGAGAGAACCAAAUAGACCUUCAGCAUAUUGAUUUCCGGAGAAUGCCGUUCACCCUGGAUGACGGGCUUGUGGGACUCCUGGCCAGCAGCAGCCCAAACCUGCGCAGCUUGUUCAUCAACAACCGCACUCUGGUUUGCAACGUGAAGCCAGAAACCAUCCGAGAGGUUCUGAAUGUGUGUCCUAAGUUGUCUACCUUGGGAGUCUACUAUGCCAGCCUGUCUAACGAUGUGUUUGCGGAACUGAUCAAGCCAGAGAGAGGGGCUUUCACACGCUUAGAUAUUUUUUGUGAGCGCUUGGACAAAUAUAUUCCAGUCAUCUCUGAAGAGCUUUGGGCUGCCGUGAUCCAGAAGCAUCCUCAACUCUGUGUAGACCUGGAGUUUGAUCACACAGUCCCUGCCUGGAAGAUACCACGCAUCCUAAAGCCCAAUAUGCCUGUGGGUACUUUACAACUGAAUACUUUUACGUACAUGGUGCACCAGAAUGGCACCAGCUUCCACGUUUUCGAUCAAGGUCAGUUUGCCAAGGAGGUGCUGCCUAAGUAUUUCAAACACAACAACAUGGCCAGCUUUGUCCGGCAGCUGAACAUGUAUGGCUUCAGGAAAGUGGUAAAUAUAGAGCAGGGUGGCCUUGUCAAGCCUGAACGUGAUGACACUGAGUUCCAGCAUCUUUAUUUCCUACAAGGCCACGAACACCUCUUGGAACACAUCAAAAGGAAGGUAUCUAUUGUGAAAAGUGAGGAAACGAAGAUGCGCCAGGAGGAUCUCAGCAGGUUGCUCUACGAAGUCCAGAUUCUGAGAAGUCAGCAGGAGAACAUGGAGUGUCAAAUGCAGGACAUGAAGCAACAGAAUGAAGUCCUGUGGCGGGAAGUUGUAUCUCUCAGGCAGAAUCAUUCUCAACAACAGAAAGUGAUCAACAAGCUGAUUCAGUUUCUGUUCGGCCAGCUCCAAUCAAACCCCAGUGGUGCUGGGAUAAAGAGAAAACUACCUCUGAUGUUAGAUGAUGGAAGUUCAGUGCCACAAGUGUCCAAGUUCAGCCGACAUUUGUCUGUGGACCCUCUUCAUGAUUCCUAUUUCAUUCAGUCGCCAUCUACAGAACCUGCCUCGUGCUUAACCAGUCCUGCUAUUGCUGGAGGGCCAGUCAUAUCGGAUGUUACUGAAGCAUCACCACCGAAUGUCGUGCCGCUCCAAUCUCCUCCAGAGGGUGACAGGGAAAAAUGCCACAUGCUGAUCAAGGAAGAACCAGUUAGCCCUGGAGUGAAAGCCACAUCUGAGCCAGAUGUCUCUCUGCCUGGCUGUACUGCCUGUGCUGAACCCCCUGUGUUACCAGUUGCAAUGGUUCAGUCUGUUUUAGAAGGCAAAGGGAGCUGCGGGGCGCCACAGUCUGCGAGUUCACAGCAACCCGAAAGAAGAGGCAGAAGGGGACCUCUAGACAGAACAGAAAUUUCUGACCCAGUGGAUGGCCCUGAUUUGAGUUUAGAAGGCCUGCAGCUGCUGUUGAGGAGCCAGCAGUAUAAUCUGGAACCUGCCAGCGUUUUGGAUGUCUUUAAUCCAAAUCUUUCAGUGAGCGAGUGGAAUCUGACUGACAUGGAAGCCAAUUUUUCACCGAUGCAGCAACUCACAGUGGAUCUGGAGAAGAAUGUAAAUGAGCUGUCUCCCAAAGUGUUAAAUCCUCACUUUAACACCACCUGCUCAGGGAAAGAUGUCAUUCUUGAAUGCACCCAGCAGUUUCCCAUUGAACGUGAAGCAGGCUUCGGGAGCAACAUUGUAAACCUACCUGAAAGUUCAGCUCUUUAUAUUCCAUCUGAAAAUAUGGCUUCCUAUCUGUCCUCUGUGGGUCUCCAAGGAGAUAUUCCAUUAAACCUGAACUCUCCAACUGAAAGUAACUAGUGAUCUAUUUAGCUUUACAAGACAAUUGUGCCUUUUACUCCCUUACAAAACAUCUACAGUUUUGAAUGUAAAGAAACAACAGUGACUUAGAAACACACGAAAGAGUGGUUGUUGCUUUUUUUUUAAUUGAUGGAAAACUCAGCCACCAUAACUGUUUGCACUGCCCAAUGUUUUCCAAUGUCUACCCAGGACAAAUUUUACAAUGGGUAGUCUUCUUUCAAGAAACAAACUGCAAUCAUUGCUCACUCCCGUGGGGAGCAAGGGUUUGUUAUUUCCUUUAAUCACAAAAGCAGUACAUUUUCUUAAUUUUUUAUACUCUGUAAGAAAAGCGUCUAAGAUUUUAACAGUAGAGUAAAUGAUAAAACUAUGUCAUGGACAUUGGAAAAUAAAUCUGCACUGGCUAAUGUAAUAUAAAGACAGAUGCAUGGAUUCCAAUGGAGCAGCAAAGAACAGUGUGUAUGUGCAUGGGAUGGGGUCUUGUGAAUGCCUAGUUACAGGAAAUCAGUUCUGCAACUGGUCCACCCCCUAAAAGUGUUUUCUUUUUUACCCAUUUCUUUCUUUUGAUAUGAUGAGAUAUACUUGUAUCUCUCCCUUAUCCUCACAGUUUAAGCAGGAUAUCCUGAAUUUGCACAUUCCUCAGUUGACGUCAGUCUGUGCAGGAGAUAGAACUUUUUCUGAAGGCCCAUCCUAGACUGUGAAAGAAACUCCCAUAGAAACUAAGGACCAUCAUAAACCAUACCACCUUCCGUUCAAAGUGCAAGAUACACUUCUUUGACCUGCCUUCUCCAACAUCAACACUGAGCAGCAUGGACAUUUAAAUUAAAAAAAAAAACAAAAAACUACCAAACCACAACACUCCACUGCAUACAGAAUUCUCCCCCCUGGAAAAGGAUGAGAAAGAAUGAACCAAAUGUGACGAAUGUUAGUCACAUCACUUAAUGCAAUUCUGGAAGGCACUCAGAUGCUACUGUGAUGAGGGGAGUAUAAUAACCUAUAUAGAAUAGUAGAUAAAAUAGGACAAAGGGCUGGAUAUAAUUUUGGUUUUCAGUGGCGUUUCAAUACCUUAUCCAGUCUAAUCUGCUGUGUGUUCGCAUUGACCUGGAGGUUAUUCUGAGUCCCCUGAAUAAGAUUUCGCUAGCCUGUUGCUUUAUUCAUAUACACAAAUGAGAGGACCCAGAUUUCUUUAAUGGGAUCCUGAUUGAGUUAGACUUUCCAUGCAAAUACCUGCUUGCGGGAGAGGAGGGCUGAGAGGUACAGUGUACUCUGCCCACUAGCUUUUCUUCUAUUCUUUGUGCAACCUAAACCAGCCUCCAAACCUUGAAUCAACCUUCUCUUUCGUGUGGUUUCUGAAGACUAUGUUUCUCAACAAAGCAGAGCUUUGUUUUUUAUACUGUAGUUCUAGUGUUACACAAGGGAUUUAGUACGGAGAAUCAGAAAUUUACUGUGUAUCAGUUAUUUCAGAAUUUUCUAAAUAAGUUGCAUUUCCCUAGAGAAAUUACUAACCCAAAUACCUAGCAAUUCAGACUUAACUUAGGCCUUCAAGCUGAAACAGAAAGGAAAGGCAUAAGCCAUGCCAAUGUCAAAUGAAAGAAGAACCCUGCCUACUCUUACUGCCAUGACGAUCCAUGAUAUUGAACCAUGUUUCUGAGCAAUUUGAAUGGUCAAGUGGCAUCCAUCCCAAAAUAUUUAUUGAGAUAAGGUAUAACUGCAGUCAAAUUAUCCUUAAUGGGAAAAACACCUCAAAUUUUAAAUGGACUUCCUCUCAGAGCCAUUUCCUCCAUCUAUUUAUCAAUAAAUAAAGAGCUAAAAGAGUUGAGAAACAUUGUGCUAGUUAACAAAUUUUGGCCAUCUGAUUUAAUACUGUGGGUGCUACCAUUGUGAGUUUCACUGAGUGCCUCUAUCCACUAGCCACAAGGUACAAUCCUUUAAGAAAUGAUAAUGUAGCAGCAUUUCCAUAAAUUCCAUCCAGUAUUUCUAUGCUUGUGACUAAGGGAAGCCCAUGGCAGUCCCCACCGGUUUGGUAUUUAGAAAAUAUACCCCAGUUGGACCUGGUAUCCCUAUAUGAUUCAAGUAAAGAUGGUUCUUUGAUUAUCUGUGUAUCAUUUUCAGCAAUGAACUGAGCUGAAAUUUAUUGAGUUGAUUUUUAUUCCGUUUACUUAUUUUCUUUUAUUAGAAAACUUAAAAUCAGCUAGAGGCUUGUUCCACCUGACAAACUUCUGGUUUCCUUAUUCAAGGACUAUUUAAUUGCCUGGAUCUUUACACACAACUUCCAUUGAAAUUGGUCUUUGUGUGGCAGUCUACAGCCCUUAUUCAGUGAGGUAAUUAAGCACAUUUUUUAUUUAAACCACCUGAGUAAUCCCAAUGAAGUUGAUGGGACUAUCACAUGCUUAAAGUUAGGCAUGUGCUUAAGUACCUUUCUGAACCAGAAUCCAUUUGUGGUAGGAAAAUGAACCAUAUUAGGAUAGCUACUUGCAAAUAGGAAUAGACUAAACACAAUCCAAAAGAAUGAGCAAUUCCAAACAGCCCUUAUAUAAACAGUUAGAUUCCAACCUUCAUACUGCCAAACAUUAUACUGUGACCACUGCCAGCUGCUACUCUGGGAAGAGUCCCUCUUUUUCUUUAGCCCUCUUGCUCUAUUCUAGGCAUUAGAUUGGAAAUUCACGGUAGAAAGGAACCCCUAGGGACAUUUUUCUGAAAUCUCCCCUGCAAGGAAGUGUGACUGUAUUUCCUGGCUUUUUACACUUUUUGUUAACUUUACUUGAAGUUGAUGCAUUGAGACUGCAUUUUUGCACUAUGCUGUACAUUUGUAAAGUUUUACAGAGAACACUAAUUAAAUACAUUUCCUUUUUCUCAUUUA